AUGGCCGGUGUAGGAGCUAGACUACCAGAAGUUUAUAGAAAAUUUUAUAAUGAAUGGCGUUAUACAGCUCCAGAACCUGUUCAUUAUAUUCCUGAAAAAAGAACCUGGGUAAAAGAUGAAGAAACGGGAGAAAUAAAACGUGUUCAAAAUGUUCCACUGCCUGGAAUUUUUCCCAAGGAAAUGAAUAAUGUAUUUACUGGUGGAGAAACUAUAAUACAAGGUUUUAAAAAGAAUAAAAACAAAUAUGAGAUAAAUGUACCUAAAUUUUGGACACCUACUCUUUUUAGAUCUGUUAUAUACAGUGAAAUUCUCGAUAAGUAUUUCUCUGUAAUUUUGACAAAAAGAGUUGUAGAACUUGUACAUGAGCACAAAGGAUUAGAUAAUUAUUUAUUAAAAACUAAAGCAUGUGACUUGCAAACAUUGAUUGCUCUCAAACUUAAAAGAGAAUUAUUGUUUAAAUUGCAUUAUAAAGAAUUACCUUAUGAUGAAGAAAAAAACCAAUCAAUUUUUGAAAAAUAUGAAAAAUACCUUCUGCCAAUUGAAGAAAUUGAAUGGUAUGGUUUAAGUUUCACAGAAGCUUGUAGAAAACAGGAAAAAAUUGAAAAAGAAAUGAAUGAAAAAAAAAUUGUUCCUCUUAAACAUAUUUUUAGAGCACAGUUAAUUCAAGAAUUAAAAGCAGAAAAUGAAAAACGACCAAGUUAA